AUGCCCUCUCCUAUUCCUCUUAAUUGCUUUCUUCCUUUGGAGUUUUCCCCAUCUGUGGAUCUCAGACCCUGCAGCAGCCCCUUGAUUAUCCCUGACACCGACAGCAAAAGCCUCUUGGGAGGAGCUCCUUCGGGCAGGACUCGCCGCUUGCCUCCACGCCUGGCCUGGUGCUCCAUUGACUGGGACCAGCUCUGCCUCCUGCAGCCCCUGGGUUCUGGCGGCUUCGGUUCUGUCUACAAAGCCACCUACCACGGGGUGACUGUGGCCGUGAAGCAGGUGAAGAAGAGCAGCAAGAACCGCCUGGCCUCACGCCAGAGCUUCUGGGCCGAGCUGAACGUGGCCCGGCUGCAGCAUGCCAACGUGGUGCGUGUGGUGGCUGCCAGCACCUGUGCCCCAGCCAGCCAGGACAGCCUGGGCACCGUCAUCAUGGAGUACGUGGGCAGCAUCACCCUGCACCACGUCAUCUACGGCACCGGCGACGCGUGGGGACAGGGCGAGGACGACGAAGGAGGCUGCGGGAGGAAGGCCCUGGGCAUGCGGGAGGCUGUGUGCUACUCCUGUGACAUCAUGGCCGGCUUGGCCUUCCUCCACUCCCAGGGCAUCGUGCACUUGGACUUGAAGCCUGCGAACGUCUUCAUCACCGAGCAGGGAACGUGCAAGAUUGGAGACUUUGGGUGCUCCCAGAAACUGGAGGAGGGCUUGUCCCAGAGCUCCCACGUGUGCCAGCAAGGGGGCACGUACACACACCGUGCCCCUGAGCUCCUCAAAGGGGAGAGGGUGACGGCCAAGGCAGACAUCUACUCCUUUGCCAUCACCCUCUGGCAGAUCGUCAUGCGGGAGCAGCCCUACCUGGGCGAGAGGCAGUACGUGCUCUAUGCUGUGGUGGCCUACAACUUGCGUCCUUCCCUGGCUGCUGCUGUCUUCCACGAGUCACCAGUGGGCCAGAGGCUCCAGAGCAUCAUCAGCUGCUGCUGGAAGGCCAAUGUUGAGGAGCGCCUGAGCGCAACCCAGCUGCUCCCCAAACUCCGGGCUCUCAAGGGGAGCCUCUAG